UUCACUGGGUUUCAAGCUCAGUCAAUGAAAUUAUUUUAGUUUGCUAUAGUUUCCCGCUUAAAUGACGUCAGCAUUAUUAAAUACUUGUGUGUAGGCGCCUACCUUACUACUAUACUACUUGUCAUUUCUCAUCAUGUGCAGAGACAAAUGUAUUAGUGUGCUCCAAUAUUAUUCUACACAAAUAAAUAAUUUCUAUUGUAAUCAAACAUCCUAUCAUAUGGAUUUAUAAAUGUAUUUGUACACAUACGUAAUCGUAUGUUAUGAAUGAAAGCAAUUUAACAGUAGAAUAAUAAAAUACAUAACCUACAAUCAUUAUUCUAUACAUUUUCGAGAAUUGUUUGGAAAUUCAAUUAAUCACUUUUAUGUGCUACAUAUAAUUGUGUUAUUAAUAAAUCUACGUGGACAGAUUUGUUGAAUAUUAAUUUACUUUUAUAUUAAUCUUUUGGGAUUUAGUGUGAUAAUGUACCAUGAUAAAAUCAAGGGAAAUAUCAACAUUGUCUACUCUAAAAUUAGAAAAUUUAACUAUUUUAGAAGCUGAACAAAAAACUAUUGAUAAAGAUCCAUUUUGUAGGCUUAAAAUUGACGAUGCCAGUAUUCUUGAUAGUAUUAAUGAUAGAACAAUAUGUGGGAAAUGUUAUAAGUCUCGUAAAUUUUUUUGUUAUACUUGUUAUACACCUGUUAUUGACCAAAAAUAUUUUCCACAAGUUAAAUUACCAAUCAAAAUUGACAUUAUUAAACAUCGAAAAGAGAUCGAUGGAAAGAGCACUGCAAUUCAUGCAGCAAUUUUAGCUCCUAACGAUGUGACAAUUUACACCUAUCCAGAUUUUCCAACAUUCGCAGCUGAUGAUAAAGUUGUUCUCAUUUUUCCUAGAAAAAAUGCGUCCACCAUCGAAUCUCUAGUGUCAUAUAAUCAAUUCAAAGAAAAUAAUCAAGAUAAAACAACAUUAGGGAAUAAAAAUAUCCCAAUAACCAGGGCAGUUUUUAUAGACAGUACAUGGCAACAAACUAAAGCUAUUUAUAACGAUGAAAGAUUGAAAGCCUUACCGUGUGUUAUUUUAAAAUCAAGAAUAUCACAAUUUUGGAGACAUCAGAAAAAAAGUCCUAGAUGGUAUCUAGCGACUAUCGAAGCAAUACAUCAAUUUUUAAUAGAACUACACGAAUGUUCUUAUGAUAUAACUUCACCAAAAGAAUACUGUGGCCAAUAUGAUAAUCUACUAUAUCUAUUCAAGUAUAUGUAUGACAAAAUACAUACUUUUUAUGAUCAUAAUCAACUCAAAGCUUAUAGAAGACCUUUAAGAUAAAUAAAAUGCAAUUCAUUUGAUAA